CUCCUCUUGUUUCGGACCUGAGAGAGACUACGAAAGCCUGCAAAUUCCCCGGAGAUAAAAAACAAUAUAUAGAAAAAACCAGGCGUGAAUCCUGAUGAUAAAAACAGGUUUUGUAAACUAGGUUCAGAGGUCAUCCUUUGAGGUGCAAGCUGAAGAUAUUUAUUGAGUUUAAUUUACAUAGCCCGAUGGUUGCUUCCAAAGCAGUUCUACAGGUUUUCUCGAGGGCCUCGCCUUGUGUGUAUUCAUAUGAUCGGGGUAUCUAUAGUUCAAAUUCAGUUCUUUCCCCUAAAUCUAAUGUAAUCUGUAUAAAGAACAAAGGAAUUGGAUACACCAAAUGGCAUAACGGUUUGCAAAACCGCUUGAGUGUGUAUGGUUUUCGCUGUGGAGAACCUGGAGAUGGUGAUUCUCAUGGAAAGACAAGUGGUAAUAGGUUGAAGUUUUUUAUUUGCAAAUGCCGAGGAGUUGAAAGCACUGGUGGCCUAACUGCAGAUGAUGGAAGAAGAACAUCACUUCCUGUUAAUGGGAAAUCUAGUGUGCCAAGAAGUCAAGAUUUUGAGUUUACCCAACAAUCAAAAAAUGAAAAUGGAGGUUUUGCAUCAAAUGAUAAGUCAGAAGCUUCUGGAGCAAUUAUAGAUACAAUCGAUAAGGCUUAUUCAACAUCAAUUGAGGAAGAGGCAUGGGAUUUACUAAGAGCAUCCAUGGUUUAUUACUGUGGGAAUCCUAUUGGAACAAUUGCUGCUAAUGACCUAAGUAGUUCUACCAUCCUGAACUAUGAUCAAGUAUUUAUUCGUGAUUUCAUACCAUCUGGAAUAGCAUUCCUUUUGAAAGGAGAGUAUGAUAUCGUACGGAAUUUCAUUCUUCACACCCUUCAGUUGCAGAGCUGGGAGAAAACCAUGGAUUGUUAUAGUCCUGGUCAAGGACUGAUGCCUGCCAGUUUCAAGGUGCGCACUGUUCCACUAGAUGGUGAUGAUUCUGCAACUGAAGAUGUAUUAGACCCUGAUUUUGGUGAAGCUGCAAUUGGUCGUGUUGCACCUGUUGAUUCUGGAUUGUGGUGGAUCAUAUUAUUACGAGCGUACGGAAAAUGCUCUGGGGAUCUUUCAGUGCAGGAGAGAGUUGAUGUGCAAACUGGCAUUAAAAUGAUUUUGAAGCUGUGCCUUGCUGACGGUUUUGAUAUGUUCCCAACUUUAUUGGUAACUGAUGGUUCAUGCAUGAUAGAUCGUCGCAUGGGAAUUCAUGGCCAUCCUUUAGAAAUUCAGGCACUUUUUUAUUCUGCAUUGCUGUGUGGACGUGAAAUGCUUGCUCAGGAGGAUGGAUCUGCUGACCUUAUGAGAGCUCUGAACAAUCGUCUAGUUGCAUUGUCAUUCCACAUCAGGGAAUAUUACUGGAUUGAUAUGAAAAAACUUAAUGAAAUUUACCGUUACAAGACAGAGGAAUACUCUUAUGACGCAGUUAAUAAGUUCAACAUCUACCCAGAUCAAAUUCCUCCCUGGCUGGUGCAGUUUAUGCCCGAUAGAGGAGGCUAUUUGAUUGGAAAUCUUCAGCCAGCUCACAUGGAAUUCCGUUUCUUUUCUCUUGGAAAUUUAUGGUCUAUUGUAAGCUGUCUUGCUACACUGGAUCAAUCACAUGCCAUAUUGGAUCUCAUUGAAGCAAAGUGGGCAGAAUUAGUGGCAGAUAUGCCCUUCAAAAUAUGUUAUCCUGCUCUUGAGGGUCAGGAAUGGCGAAUUAUAACAGGCAGUGAUCCCAAGAACACUCCUUGGUCUUAUCACAAUGGAGGUUCUUGGCCUACAUUGCUCUGGCAGCUUACUGUUGCAUGCAUAAAGAUGAAUAGACCAGAGAUUGCUGAAAAAGCUGUCAAACUUGCUGAGCGGCGUAUAUCUGGAGAUAAGUGGCCUGAAUAUUAUGAUACAAAGCAAGGAAGAUUUAUAGGGAAGCAGUCACGGCUAUUUCAAACUUGGUCAAUUGCUGGGUAUCUUGUGGCGAAGCUCCUCCUCGCCAACCCAAAUGCCGCAAAAAUUCUUGUAAAUGAAGAAGAUUCAGAACUUGUAAACACCUUUUCGUCCAUGAUUAGUGCUAACCCACGUAGGAAUCGUGGCCGAAAAGUAUUGAAGCGGUCCUUCAUUGUAUGAGUUUAGACUAUGAAGCAAUGAAGGGUCACAGCAUGGUAAUACUAAUACCAUACUGUUGUGAAGUAGUUUCGUUUUAGCAAAUACAGUUUCUGUAAAUAUGAUAUAUAGCCUCAUAGUAUUAUCAAGAUUGAUAUAGUGUCACACCACUUGAUCCUUUUCCUUCUGGUUUUGUAACCGUGGACCAUUUUUCUCUUUUGAGGACUUGAGGAAAAUAUGAAUGUGAUUAACGCAAUGAUUUGUCA